GUAUACCUAUAUGAUGUUACCAGGUACCUUAGGUAGGCAAUAUCAUAUCUACAUAGCAUUAUUUUCACUCCUCCCUUAAGGAUCGUCAAUGAAGCUAGUAAGAAUAUCAUAACUAGCCUCAAUCUCAUAUAUAAUAUAUAUACCUAACCUUAUACACACAAUGGUCGAUUUUCACAUUUUUACUUCCAUACGAUAUGAUCCUUCUCUCUUAAAAGCCCCAGAGUCGGGAUAUACCAAUGUCGGAUGGAAUCAGAAUCCCUCCCCCUUUUACAUGCUUGACUUACAUAGAGAUCGCAUGCUGAGAGCUGCUGUCCACUGGCAAUGGUCAGACGCUAUAACUCGCAUCUCUGGAUACGAAGGCUUGAAGUACAUACACGAGUUUCUCGAGGACAUUACUAUUGGAGUCGGCGGCGGUCCACAUCGAAUAAUGCUGAGCCUAGCUCGAGAUGGGAGCCUGGAUUAUCAGAUCUCUCCUCUUCCAGAAACGCCUCUAGCAAAUCUGUUCCCCGGGCACCUACCGAUCCAAGGUAAUAAAAACCCAGACCAACAAGAUAAUAAAGUCCCAACCCAAGAGCCCGUAUACGACAUCUUUCUGGAUAGUCAGAGGACUGCCAAAUCCGAGUUCACUCAUUAUAAAACCACGUUUAGAGACAUGUAUAAUGAAGCCAGAAAACGCACCCAGAUUAAUCUAGGUGAUAAGAAGGAAGUGCUUCUUAUUAACAACGACGGGCAUAUUAUGGAGGGUAGUAUCAGCACCUCCUAUUUCUGGAGAGAUGGAAGAUGGGUGACGCCUCCCAUCCCCACGCAGUACCGCGCUUCUGAAGGGAGCGGCGGAAACGACGGCACAACAAGAAGAUGGGCUCUAGAAAGAAACCUUGCUGUCGAAGAAGUCGUUCCUGCUGAUUCACUGGUCGACGGCGAAGAAUGCUGGAUCAGCAAUGGUCUUCGGGGAUUUGUUUUUGGAAGAGUGAAGCUAUACUAAAUCCUAGAACUUGAUGUAGGCCGUCAAGGAAAUGCCUAUAUUCAACAUGGACAUAAAAGGAUAACUGAGGUUGUCGCCUUUACUUAUUGGUCUAUCUCAUUAGCGGUGCACCGAGCAAGAUUCCUGAAGAAAUUGUAUUUCGGGAGGUGUGUGUCGCUCUCGCGGGGAAAAAGGCGCAGGUGCCGCAGGAAAGAUUACAUUGUGGAUAGCACAGUCGCAAUUGACGUUCUACUGCGAGUCUCGAGUAGUAGCUGCUUAGACCUUGAUAUCCGUGGUGAUGGUGACAUCCUUCAUAUGCUACAGUAUCUGGUAAAACACGCAUCUAUAUCCGUCCUGUGCAGCCGAGCCUCGAUCGUGUUCAACAUAGACUUCAAACUCCUACGAGGUACAAAGUUCCACAUAUCCGACAAAUAGUCAAGUUCUACUCAUAUUACCGGAAUUAUCCAUGUUAAUGUACAUUCCUAUC